AUGCUCUUUAGUCAGGGCCUCCUCCUCCUCCUGUGUCAGCUGACCUCUGCUCCCCCUGGAUCUACACUGCUCCUAUGCCAUGCUUCUUCUGGAGCCACCUGUUGGUAUCUGAAUUCUUGUAAAUUUGUCCAAAAUGUAAAUUUUUUUUUUUUUGAUUAUUAUAUUGCAGUUGUGAAGAAAGGGUCAACAUUUUCAAGUCAUUAUUUCUUGAUAUUUUGCCUUCUUACAAAACAAAAAGACAAAUUAAUUCUUCAAAGAAAGAAUGUUGCUACAUGGUAUGUCUGUGGUCCAACUGUAUAUGACAGUGCACACUUAGGACAUGCAAGGACUAAUGUACAGUUUGACAUCAUACGGAGGAUUUUAACAAACAUUUUUGAAAUUGACAUCAUUCAAGUCCUGAACAUUACAGAUAUUGAUGACAAAAUUAUUGCUAAAGCAGCAAAGGAAGGUAUCAGCAUGGCUGAAGUUUCUCGCAAAUAUGAACAUGAGUUUUUUAAUGAUAUGGCUGCACUAAAUGUCUUACCACCAACUUUUGUUCCCCAUGUGACUGACAAUAUUGAUACCAUCAUUCAAUACAUUGACAGAAUAAUGAAGAAGAGAUGUGCAUAUGCGACUCCUUCAGGUAGUGUUUAUUUUAAUGUGUCAGCCUCUCCACACUACGGAAAAUUACAUUCUAAAGAAUCUCUCACUACCGAAUCAAUUGAUUCAGAGAAACAAAAUCCACUUGAUUUUGUCUUGUGGAAAGCAGUGAAACCAGGAGAGCCAUUUUGGGAGUCACCCUGGGGAAAAGGCCGCCCUGGAUGGCACAUAGAAUGUUCAGCAAUGGCAAGUAAAAUAUUUGGAGAUAAAAUUGACAUCCACAGUGGAGGAGAGGAUCUUAUUUUUCCUCAUCAUGAAAAUGAAAUUGCCCAGUCUGAAGCUCACUAUGGUUGUGACCAAUGGGUUAAUUAUUGGCUCCAUACAGGUCAUGUUUAUCUGAGCCAACAAAAUGAAAAAAUGUCUAAGUCUCUUCAGAAUGUCAUCUUGAUUUCUGAUUUCCUUAAGUCUUACACAUCUGAUCAGUUUCGUAUGCUUUGUAUGCUGACCCAUUACAGGAAUAGAAUGGCAUAUCAGGAUAAUGUACUUGUGGCUGUAACAAGUCUUUUGCAACAACUAGAGAGUUAUUUACAGAAUUCUGAGGCUUAUAUCAAAGGACACUUGAAAUGCAAGUCAAUCAGUGAAGCUGAAGUUUUCUCCAGACUGGAAAGAACCAAAACGGAAGUGAAAAUAGCCUUAGCUGAUGAUUUCAACACUCCAAAAGCAAUGAAAAAUAUUUUGGAAUUGGUCCAAUUUUUAAAUAGUCAAUUGUCUACUUCCAAGGAGAACAUUAUCUGUAGCCGAAGUCCUGUUUCUGUUGCAGCUGCUUCUCUUUAUAUAAAAAAUAUUUUUAAAAUAUUAGGAAUUAAUUUAGGCCAACAGGAGAAUUCCUUAGAAAGCAGCUUUCUGCAACAUCAAAUGUCUUGUGUGUUGGAUAGCUCUUUAAAAUUUAGGAAUGAAGUUCGGCAGUUUAUUUUUGAUCCUCCUAAAGAUUUGUCCUUUGGUACAGAUUAUGAGAAACUGACUUCCAAAGAGCAAAAGAAGAAAAAGUUUCAGAUAUUUCAACCUCUCCUUAAAUCAUCAGACAAUUUACGGAAAGAAUAUUCUUCAGCUAACAUACAAGUUAUGUAUCUCAUUCUGCUAUCAACAGACAACGCGAACAACGUCGAAUUGACAAAGAAAAUGAGGCAUUUUUACGUCGCCUUCAAUCUGCUAAGCCCACCCGAAGUUUAUCUCGAGAGCAACAACUAG